AAUUAUCCUAUCUUCCCGUUUUCCCACUAUGUCGCCCGACCUUAUUCGCCUCAAUAUAAACAACCUGGAGGGUAGGUCAAUGCGGAAGAUUGCGUAUAAGUAGUGUAUUCUAUGGCCUUGGUCAAGAGGGCCUAAAUCCGGCCCUGUUGAAGUUCAUUGGCUUCAAAAUCACUUCCACCGUUUCGCCCGUCCGUUCCAAGUAACAUACAUGUUUGUGCCUUUUAUCUUACUCUACAUAUUGUACCUGGUCUGCCUUUAAAUGAUUUAUCCUUCUCGUGAAAGGUCACCUGCCUGUCGAGACCACCUUCAGGCACCAGAUAACAAGUCAAGGAUAACGGGCGGGCCCGAGACAGUGACAGCAAUUGUGAAUCGAGGAACCUUAUUGAAUCAUUUUAGCUUGUUGAAGUAUGGUUUCCUAUGUUGUUACCGGUAGUAAUCGUGGUAUCGGAUUUGCUUUCGUCCAAAAACUAAGCGCGAAUCCCCAAAACAUUGUUUUCGCCCUCACCCGCAACAAGGCGAACUCCGCCGAUUUGCUUGAACUGCAGUCCAAGCUUCAGAAUGUACAUGUUCUCCAGGCAGACAUAACUGACAUUCUAGCCCUGCAGGACGUAGCGAAAGAGAUUGAGGAGGUAACGGGUGGUACACUCGACGUACUGAUCAACAACGGGGCGCACCUUUCACCAGAGCGAGACGAUUACACCCUUGAUGCAUACGAUGGCAAAGAAGACCUAUUGGAAAAGGACUUCAUUGACUUCUUCAAGGUAAACACCCUCGGCGUCAUAAAGACUAUCAAUGUCUUCCUUCCCCUUCUUCGCAAUGCAUCGCAGAAAUGUCUCGCAAAGGUCAUAACGAUUAGUGCUCCAGCUGCAGAGAUCGACUUCAACCUGAAGACUGGUUUGUCAUUUUGGGCACCUUACGCUGUCUCCAAGGCAGGUGUGAACAUGGUGACCGCCAAGUACGCUGCUAGGUUUAAGGACGACAACCUCGUUUUCUUGUCUCUCUCCCCUGGACCUGUCAACACGUUGGGCGAUGCUCCAAAAGAGGUGCAAGAGACGGCGUAUGGUCCAUUGAUCGAGAUCUUCCGGUCUGGAUACCCAGAAUGGGACGGCGAAUUCUUGAGGCCUGAACGCUCGGUCUCCCUUAUGCUCGACGUGAUCUCAAAAAUUACUGCAAGGGAUAACGGGGCGUUCGUUUCGCAGUACGGAAACCAGCGAUGGCUCUAAGCUGUGGGGCAAGAUGUACAGCUGUAUUGUCGAUAGUGGGCUGGCUGGCUAGUGUAGUAAUGUACCACAGAGAGUCGGUGUGUCGCAUCCUGUUCGAUGAGAUCUCUUUUCCUGUUCUUGUCUCAAACAUCAGUAGCUGGCGGCGAAGACAGCGAGCCACCUCGUCCAUUGAAUGUAUGAAGGAAACGCAGCC